GAGGCAGUCUCGUUCCUCAACUCAAUCGUUAAAGCGACAAAACAACACAGAACAGAGCUCUCCAAAGACGAUUCAGCACAGAAGAGAGAGAGAGAGAGAGAGAGAGAGAGAAUGAAGGAAGAGGUAAUCAGCUCUUCGGGGCAUUCACUAUUGCCUCCCAAAUCAUCUUCUCCACCUCCAACACCAACCCCAACCCCAACCCCAACCCCUGCUGCUAGUUCUGCAGGGGCAUCAUCUCCUGCUGUGCCAGUAAACGUUGGAAGUAUUGACUGGUUGGGUCAUGGACAGGGUUCUAAAGCAGGUUCUCUAUCUCGCAUUGGCUCACAACCUCUGUGGACUUCGUUGAGUACGAGUGCUGGUGGUUCUGCCCUUGGAUCAUCACAACCUUCAUGCAGACCAUGGGAAAGGGCGGAUUUACUGAGGCGUCUGUCUACAUUCAAGCCUGCAAAUUGGUUUGGGAAGUCUAAGGCUGCCAGUUCGUUGGCUUGUGCCAGAAGAGGCUGGGUAAAUGUUGAUGUUGAUAAGAUUGAGUGUGAGUCAUGCAGUGCAAACCUGCAGUUUAUUUCAUCAACUUCCUGGACACCUUCGGAAGCUGAUAGUGCUGCAGAAGACUUUGCCAAGAAGCUAGAUGCAGAUCACAAACUCACUUGUCCUUGGAGAGGAAACUGCUGUGCAGAAAGCUUGGUGCAGUUUCCUCCUGCUCCCCCAUCAGCUCUUAUUGGUGGUUAUAAGGAUCGCUGUGACGGACUCCUGCAGUUUCUCUCCCUCCCAGUUGUGGCUGCUUCAGCAAUUGAGCAGAUGCGAGUUUCUCGGGGCCUGGAAAUUGACCGAUUUCUUAUUCACUCACAGGCUUUUACAGCUGGGGAAUCUAACUUUAAGGCAGAGAAUAUUACAGGAAUGGAAAACACCAGAGAGGAGGCCUUCUGUAUAUACUCUCGUGCUCAGAAGCUAAUAAGUUUGUGUGGAUGGGAACCAAGAUGGCUUCCAAAUAUUCAGGACUGUGAAGAAAAUUCUGCUCAAUCAGCCAGGAAUGGAUGUUCAAUUGGUCAUACCAGAUACCAUGGUCACGAAGCUGGUCCUAGCAAGAAAGCAUUCUCUGCUUCAAACAGGAAAGAUUCUGGAAAGAAUGAAGUGCUUGGUCCCGUGUCUAAAUCUGAAUCUAGGUCACCUUUGUUAGACUGUAGCCUAUGUGGAGCCACAGUCAGAAUCUGGGACUUCCUCACUGUAUCUCGUCCUGCUCGCUUUGCUCCUACUAAUGACAUUCCUGAAACAAGCAAGAAAAUGGCUUUGACACGUGGUGUAAGUGCAGCAAGUGGAAUCAGUGGAUGGGUUGCUACUGAUGGUAUAGAAAAAGAGCAGACUGAGGACCAUGAUGAAGCUGCAACAGCGGAUGAGGGGAAAUCACAGUCAAAUGUUGGGGUGGAUUUAAAUCUAACGAUGGCUGGUGGGUUAUCCUCUACACAAUUGCACAUGACAAUGACGUCUGAACAAUUCCAAAAUGCUGAUAUGGGAAGGGAUCUAAUAAUUGGGCAGCCUUCCAGCAGUGAGGUCGGUGACCGUGCUGCUUCAUAUGAAUCACGAGGUCCCAGUACACGUAAGCGGAACUUGGAUGAAGGUGGAAGUACUGUUGACAGGCCACAUUUGAUGAUGCAGCAAGCAGACAGCAUUGAAGGGACUGUCAUUGACCGUGAUGGUGAUGAAGUCGAUGAUGGUAGACAGUACUCAGCUGGCCCCUCAAAGCGUGCCCGUGAUUCUGAUGUUUUUGACACCUACCGUUCAUCAUAUAGGAGAGAUUCAUCUGGAGCUGGUCCUAGCCAUUCUGUGGGUUUUGACAUUGAAACAGAUGUUCACAGAGUUGAUCCUUUCCACCCGGGCAAUGAACAAAUUAUUGGUAUACCAUCCACUCGAGAUUCAACGCACGUCUCCUCUGUUAUUGCAAUGGACACAAUCUGUCACAGUGCAGAUGAUGAUUCUAUGGAAAGUGUAGAAAACUAUCCUGGAGAUGUUGAUGACAUCCAUUUCCCCUCUACAUCAAUGUUUAAGAAUCCAGAUUUGAAUGAGACAUCAGAACUGAACUACAGUAAUCAAGCACAGCAGAGUACCUGUCCAGCUACCCUGAGAAUUGCUGGUGAAAUGGGUGUUAGCAGCACAAUUGAUGGUGAGGAAGUAUUAAAUACAGAUACUGCAACUGCUCAUUGGAGAGAUGGACCUAGCUUUGGUAUUAGUGGAGGAAGUGUAGGAAUGGGUGCUAGUCAUGAAGCUGAAAUCCAUGGGAAUGAUGCUUCUGUACAUAGAGCAGAGAGUGUUGUUGGUGAUGUGGAGCCAAUUGCUGAAGUCACUGAAAAUCAGGGUCAAACAGGUGAAUUUGCUGCAGAUCCUGGUCUAAUGGGUGAUUUUGUCCCUGAAGAAAUGGAUCGAGAGGAUCCUCAUGGUGACAGUCAAGAUGUGUUGUUUCGGCCUCUAGGACGGGCAGAUAGUGGCUCAAAGAUUGUUGGCUCAGCAAAGGCUGAAUCUGUUGAAAGUGGUGAGAAAACCAGCAACACAAACAUAUUAGCCCAGGAGAACAGUACUCAUCCUUCUCUUUCUUGCAAUGCCAUUGUAUGUUCUGGUUAUGAAGCAUCCAAGGAAGAAGUAACUCAGGCUGGCAAGGCAUCACUUACUGAUGAUUGCGGAUACCCUGACUCAAGUUAUUUGGUGGCCAAUGGGAUAGGGCCUCCAAAUGGAGAAAGCAACUAUGAAGAAGCUGUUGAUUUUGAUCCCAUUAAACAUCACAAUUACUUCUGUCCUUGGGUGAAUGGUAAUGUUGCCGCAGCAGGCUGUAGUAGUAGCAGUGGCUCCAGUUCCAGUGCUGGUGUUAUAGCUCUUUGUGGUUGGCAGCUGACUUUGGAUGCCUUGGAUGCCUUCCAAUCACUAGGACAUGUCCCAGUCCAAACUGUUGAGUCUGAAUCAGCUGCAUCUCUAUACAAGGAUGAUCAUCUAACUCCAAGUCGAAAACUUCUGAAUCACCACUCCUUCAGCAAAAGCCUUGGCCAAAGCUGAAUGAAUCUCAAUCCUGAGCAGUGCCAACAGUAAUGGUUUGUAUCCUGCCCUAGUUAUAAUAUGAAUGGUUUACUAGUUUGUGCUGUGGUGGAAGCAAUCCGUAAGAGCGACAUCGGGCAUUCUGUUAUUCGUAGUGUUCAUUGAGACUUUUGAAAAGUUGAAUGUUGAGUUUUUUUUUGAUCUUUGGAUUUUUAUUUUUAUUUUUUUCUUGUGGUUGUGAGUGCAGUAAUUAUAAUAAUUACAUACUUGGAUAAUAGUGAGGUUGAUUUUUUCUUCAUUUUGGUUGAACAAUUGGGACAUAUGUAAAUGUUUUUAUCAGGCAUUACAACUGCUGUUAUUAAUUAUUUUA